GUAAAAUGAAAUUGAAAAGAAGAACGUCUUAAUAUUCGCUUCAAAAUGAAGAGUGAUGGCGCAAAUAUCGACAAGACAUGAUUGAACGGUCUAUAUUUUACAAUGUUGAAUCUGUGAAUGGUCAUUAAAGUGAAAAGCAAAAUCCGCUCAUCACAGCAUAAAUUUAUAUGUCCCAAAGACCAGAAAUCUCUCAAUGUCUCCGCUCAGCGUCAUUUCUGGCAGUGAUCUUUGUUUGGCAUCCUUAGGCGAGAAAGAAGCUGACGACAUCCUAUCUAAUUUAGAUGAAUCUGUGAAACCUUGUGAUGAUUUCUAUCGGUUCGCCUGCGGUGGUUGGAUAAGUAGACAUAAGCAUGACAUCACUGUUCUGCGGGAACUUGGUGACGAAAGCAAGCGCAGAAUGAGAGUUGUCUUGGAAAAUAUGUUAACUGGUGAGCAGCCUGAUUUCGUACAUAAGAUGAAAGCAAUAUACGACUCCUGCAUGGAUGAAAAGAGCAUUAAGGAAGCAGGCAUGGAACCGCUAAUUAAUAUUCUGAAAGAUCUCGGUGGUUGGCCGGUACUCGAAGGCGAACACUGGGAUUCCAGCUCCUUCGACUGGAUUGAUACUCGCAUUCGAAUACAUCAAACAGGAGCCAGUGAUAAUCUACUUCUAGGCUUAUCUGUUAUUGAGGAUCCUAGAGACAAUUUGUAUUACAUCAUGAAGUUGGGAGUAACGUCAUUAAGAAGUGAUAAUUAUUUCUUGACCGAAGGCUCACAUGAUCCCGAAACAAUUCAGUACUUCAACUCAAUGGUGCACAUUGCCACAAUGCUUGGUGCAAAUAAAAAUACUUCAAAAAAUGAACUCAAGGAAGUUCUCGAUUUCGAAAUUAUGUUGGUUAAUUUCAGUUCAGAACUUCCGGAAAGGAAACACAACUUUACGUAUUACACUGUCAGUGAACUGAAGGAUAAGAUACCACAGAUUGACUGGAAUAAAUUUUUUAACAAUCUACUUGGUGAAGAAAUCCUUGAAAAUGAAACUGUGCUCGUUAGUGAUUUUGUCUUUGAUGUUGCCAAUCUCAUCGCAAAUACAAGUAAGAGGGUGCUGUCUAAUUAUAUGAUGUGGAUUAUUGUGUUCGAAUCUUUGCCAAAACUUGGUUUUCAUUGGACGCCUCGUCGGAAAAGUUGCUUUGAUUUCAUAUACGAAAACUUCGAACUGAUCGUUAAUUCCAUGUAUAUGAGACACUACUUCCCAGAGGAAAGCAAGAACACCGCACUACAGAUUGUUACUUACGUUCAAAAUGAAUAUUUAAAUAUGCUUGAAAAUAUUGAUUGGAUGGAUGAAAAAAGUAAAACUUUUGCCUUAGAAAAGGCUGAUGCCACGACAUUGUAUAUUGGUUAUCCGGAAGCACUUUUGAAUGAUUCUUAUUUAUCUGAUGUGUACGCUAAUUUGGUAUUUGACGAUAAAAGCUUUUUCUACAACAAUCUGAAUGUGGGCAAGUGGCUACUUGACCAGGCUUUCUCUCGUCUACGGAAAACUAGACCAGAAAAUACACAUAUGUGGAAUACAUAUUUAAAAGCAACCGACGGAAAUGCAGUUUAUAACCCUAUGACGAACAGUAUUGAAGUUCCACCUGCCGUAUUCCAGGAUCCCAUAUUCAACAAGGAUCGACCACAUUACCUUAAUUUUGGAGCUGUAGGUUACAUUUUUGGACACGAACUUAUUCACGGAUUCAGUGGUCAAAUAUUCGAUGAACAUUUUAAUAUUAUCGGCAACGGGUGGAGCAACGAAACGAAUGAACAUUUCAAAUUAAAAACCAAGUGUUUCUUGGAGCAAUAUGCAAAUUAUUCUGUUUAUAGUGAAAAGAAGAUGGACAGUAAAAAAACACACAAAGAAGAUAUAGCUGAUAACAUAGCUUUCCAGCUAGCUUAUCAGGCUUACCAAUCAUGGGUUAGAGAUAAUGGAAGGGAGCCAGUGCUGCCGGGAUUGAAGUAUACGCCAAAUCAGUUAUUCUGGAUAAGUGCAGCCAAUGUAAUGUGCAAGAAACUCUCGCCAGAUACUGAGGCAAAACGUAUAAAGGAAGAUGUACACAGCCUAGCACAGUUUAGAGUGAUAGGAUCUUUCUCUAACCUACCAGAAUUUGCUGAGGACUUCAACUGUCCGAAAGAUUCAUUUAUGAAUUCAAAAAUCAGAUGCCGAAUUUGAAGGUACAAAUGAAUAAAUCCGCAUUUCAGAAAAUAUGUUAAUACGAUACUCCUAUUUGUAAUUUGCUGUUAUUGCAAAGCUGAGCUCAUGAGUUUCAUGCAUAAGUUUUAAUUAACCGAAAAUCUACGAAACGUUUCUGUUGCUUAAAUAAAGAUUGAAACAAUUUUUCAUGAU